UUCCCCUACAUUGUUUUUUUAAUAUUUCAUUUAAAUUGCUUAAAAAAAUUAAGUCAAAAAUUGCCAAAAAUUAGGAAAUGAUUCAAUGAUUCCAUUUCGUUUUGAAAUUUUUAUAUGUUGUUGAUAUAUAAUUUAAUUUAAUUGCCAAAAAUUAGGAAAUGAUUCAAUGAUUCAAUGACAUUAACUGUUUUUUUACAGAAUUUAUAUAAUUUAUAAUUUAAUUAAUAAAUUUAAAAAUUAAUUUUUAAUUACAAAAAAAUAAAAAUUGAAAAAAAUUAAUGUGGUCGUAGGAAUGGAGCCAUCAAGGAGAGGGCAACCCCAAGAGCGUAAUAUUGGCUGGGAGCAUGGGAAGAUGCUCGGUGAACGUCACCAGUUUCAGUGCAAUUAUUGUCACAAGUGCUUCAAAGGAGGAGGAGUAACCAGAUUAAAGCAGCACUUAGCCGGUAAUUCUCGUGAGAUAUCUGCAUGCUCGGAGUGCCCACCGACGACCCGUCAGCUGAUGAGGAAAAACCUCGCUGAGAUCAAAGCAGCCAAGGAGAGGGCUGCCAAGCAGAAAGCGGAGGUGGAACGCCAAGCUGCAGAAGCACCUUCCUAUCACUUGAUGGAGUCACAGGAGGCCGAGGGUCCAGAUGAGGAGGAGGCACAGAUCCAGGCUGCCAUGCGGGCGAGUCUGGAUGAUCGAUGGCAGCAGGAGGAGGUGGCGAGGCAUCGGGCUCGAUUUGGGCCCUCGUUUUUUGAGUCGGGCGCCGGUUCUGGUGGAAGCAGACAAGAUCCAGAGUUUCAAAGGACAACAUCAGCCAGGGAGGGCGAGGGCAGAGGACGUAGCCGGAUUGCAUCUAUCCUGGGUGGUUUUGGUAGCCGAAAGAAGUCUUUCGGAGGGAUUCCACCAGGUGCGUCAAUCCAUGAUGUAGAUCCGCAUGCCUUCCCCAGAAGAGAUUCGAAGCCGCAAAGAGUAGACACAAUGUGGAAGAAGGAAAAGAAGAAGGAUAUGUGGCGAGCUAUUGGAUCCUGGUUCCACUUCAGCCACAUUCCAGCAAAUGCUGCAGACAAUACAUACUACAAGUCUGCCAUUUCUGCCAUACAGACUGCCGGUCCCGGUGUUGACCCUCCAGGUCCGAGGGACAUCUACGGUGAGCUUCUUGACAACAAUAAGGAAGAGCUAGAGAAUUGGAUUGGUUCAUAUAAAAGCAAGUGGCCCACAUAUGGGCUCACUCUGAUGUGUGAUGGUUGGACCGGUCCGACAAAGCGGGCCAUCAUCAACUUUCUGACAUACUGUGAUACGAAGACCUUCUUCCACAAGUCAGUUGAUGCUUCGGAUAAGGUGCACAACGCCUCAUACAUCCUCAGACUUAUGGAGGAGGUGAUUGAUCAGAUUGGAGAGGAGAAUAUCGUGCAGGUCGUCACUGAUAACGGACCGCAAUAUAAGUUGGCCGGGCAGGUCUUGAUGGAGCGGCGACCACAAAUUUUCUGGACCCCAUGUGCUGCACAUUGCAUCGACCUCAUCCUGAUGGAUAUUGGAAAGAUCCGUAGGGUGCAACAUACGGUGGAGAUAGCCCAACGCAUCACCAGGUAUAUUUAUAGCCAUACUUGGGUUCUUUCAUUAAUGAGAAGGUAUGCAGGGGGAGAAAUUCUUAGACCAGGAGUCACACGGUUUGCUACGAAUUACAUUGCACUUGAUAGCCUUAUCGAGAAGAAAGGAGCCCUACGUCAGAUGUUUGUUAGUCCCGAGUGGCAGGAAAGUAGAUAUGCCCAGGCCGGCACUGAAGGAAGCAGGAUGGAAGACUUGGUAAGCAGGCAGUCAUUCUGGCAGCGGGCCAAUGCGAUAGUCAAGGCUAUCAAACCAUUAUAUGAAGUGCUGCGGGCCGUGGAUAGCGAGAGGUAUCCCCAGAUGGGCUUUUUGUAUCACAUGAUGGAGAAGGCAAAGGCUCAGAUCAUGGAGGCAGAUGUAGCCCAUGCCCAGGAGUACAUCGACAUCAUUGAGCGGCGGUGGGGAGCCCAAAUGGGUAGGGAUUUGCAUCUAGCAGCAUACUAUCUGAAUCCCCGGUUUCAGUACGAGAGUGGAAUUGGUAUGGAUGAUGAACUUCUUCAUGCUUUGCGUAAUGUUAUUUAUAAGAUGGAGCCUGAUCCAGAAGUCGCCGCGUUAUGUAUAGAAGAGACCAAAUUAUUUAGAGAGGGUAGCCACAGCUUUGGACAACGACCAGCUGUCGUGAGCAAGACAACUAUGAAUCCAGCUGAAUGGUGGAUUCAUUUUGGCGGAUCCGCAAAAAAUCUUAAGCGGAUAGCUAUCCGGAUUCUCUCCCAAACGGUCUCCUCGACUGGCUGUGAGCGCAACUGGUCCACCUUCGGCCUCAUCCACAGCAAACAAAGAAACCGUUUGACACAAAAGCGCCUCAACGACUUAGUUUAUGUGCACUACAAUCUACGGUUGAGGCUAAAAUGCAUUCAAGAGGAAGUGGAGCUCAAGUAUGCAGAUCCCAUCUAUAGAACUUUUACAGAUGAUGAUGAUAAUCCUAUGCUCGACUGGCUUGCGGCCCAGCAGCAGGAGCCCGAGCUUGAUGAGCCGGGAUCACCUCCACGACCAGCCAGUAUCAUAGCCACCGAGGCUAUGGUCGAUCCACAGCAAUGGGCUGAGCGCAACAUUCCACGCACUCCUACAGCUGAUAUGACGUGGCUAGAGGGGAGCCAGUCACCGCAUGACUGGUCCGAUGCUCCGGUUCAGAGAGAUGAUCCUCUCAUGCGAGGACGAGGACGAGGACGCUCUACUACCCAGUCGACUCGAUCAGGAGGGCGUCAAUCCCAACAAACAAGAAAAGGAAAGGAAAGGGCCCCAAUGGAGAGUGUCGAGGAGACUUGGACCAGCAGCGAUGAAGAUUCUGGUGGUGAUGGAUCUACUAGCCAUGGAGGAAGUGGAGGACAGUAUGGUACUAGUUAUGAGACACAGCCGGAGGGAGGUUUUCGAUACACCGGUGAGUCUCAGUUUACACAUGCUACACAAGAUACGGACCACGGUAGGCCGUCUGAUAUAGGCCGGUCAGAUACCAUUGCAUAUCGAAGAAGAGCUCCUCGAGGUCGUUCAAGAGGCCAGGAUGCCGCUGCAGAUGACCUUCCAUAUGGAGUCGAAUCCAUUGAUGUAUCAAGUUCCGAGUCUUCCUAUUAUCCGCGGCCUCAGCCAGCCUAUGGAUAUGGUGCAUCAGAGUCAUCUUCCGGUAGCUACUAUCCUGCGCAGCCCGGAGGAUCUUACGGAUCGGAUUUUAGUGCCGGCAUAUUCGGAUGGGCCCCUUAUCAAGACACCUCUCAGAGCCAGAGCUUCAGCGAGAGAUCCGAGAGUUCUUAUGAUCCAACGCGCAUUCCUCGAGGAUUGAGCAUACAAGACUACAAUGCUGCUUGGUUAGAGGGAUGGGUUGAUCUGCCUCCAUAUUAUGCUGAUGAUCCAGAUAUUGACGAGAAGCAUCGCCAUUCGACCCGAUUUUAGAUAUUCGAGAGUGAUUUAAACGUAUGUAAUUGAUUGCAUCUUAAUUUGAAAAUUUUUUAUGUUCUUCAUCUCAUUAUUUGAAUCAUUUGGAAGUAAAAACAUCCAAAAAACU